AUGUCUUCCUGGGUCUGCUGCAAUUCUUGCUUUGGUCCCCCCAGUGCUGACCGCAAACUGGCUGUCACAUCUUGUGGUCAUAUCAUCUGUAGUGUCUGUUAUCAGAAAGGCAAGCAAGGCAAGUGUUUAAUAUGCAGCGCCAAAUGCCAAGUAUCACCACUCUCUGACAAAAGCAGCUCUGAAGUGAAGGCCCUGUUCUCUGACAUCAGCGCUGUGGCGACCCAACACUUGGCGGAAAUCAACAAAGUUAUGACGUUCCAGGCAAGACAUCAGAAGAGACUGCUGACUCACUACCAGCAAAGGAAUGAGCAGAAAGAGGAGACAUUAGUCAAGAUGAAGCAAGAAAUGCAGCAAAUGACAAAGAAGCUGAGUGAACAGAGCGCCUACAUUGCUAAGCUGGAAAAGUCUCUCCAGCAUCAGAGUGCAAAAGCUUCAUCUGUGCCCCAGAUCAGCCACAGUUGCCAUACUCCUCAUGGGCAUAAGCUAGUCCUACAGAUCCCACAUACCUCCCCUGUGUCGCUGUCACGACACUCCUCAGCCACUAAUAUCUCUGAAAACACGGAGGUGGAUGAAAGGAGGCUGUUCAGGAAACCGAGCUCUGUCCCCAGGCUGUCAUUUAUCAAUCCUCAAGAUGGACGAAUGGGAAGCGUCCCUCACAGAUCGUCCAGGCAAAACCCGUCAACCAAGCACUCAGCACGCUCAGCCACAGUCAGUCGUUUUCAAGGAGCGCCUUUGACCCCCGACAUGUCCCGCAGCCAGAGUUCUGGAUACAAGUCUCCCAUCUUCAAUCUUGCAUCCUCCUUCAGACACUCCAUGUCCUCCCUGGACCGCACUCCUCCUUAACAAACACACACAAACUGUCAUGCGAUCUAGAGGAAAUGCAC